AUGGUAGAUAAAGAUAGUAAAAAACCAUUUACUAUACCAAAAACACAUACAUCCAGUAAAGAUGUGCUAAUACCUGAAAAAACUGAUAGUCGUAAUGUAACGGAAUUAUAUAAUGAUUUAAAAGCAUGUGCAUUAGAAGUACAUUUUGAUUUUCGACAAAAUGAAUGUCAAUCUUGUGAUACAAUACGUAAUCCAAAAUUACAAAAAUUAUUCAAUGCAAGAAGAAUUGAAAUGAAAAAAUCUCAAGAUCCAACUGAACGUUUUGCUUUUCAUUUAAUAACAUCUCGAGAUAGUGCAUUAAAUAUUGCAACGAAUGGUCUUACGUGUGAACAAUUAUCAUUUUCAAUUGAUAAAUAUCUUGGAAAUCCUAAGGAUGGUAUUCAUCUAUCAAGACGUCCAGAUGUACUUCUAGCAUCAACUGGUUCUCGGGGUCUUCAUAAAUUCGGAUUACUAAUCUGUAAAAUACUUUUGGGUAAAGGUUAUGCAACUAUACCUUCAGAGAAUAACAAACAAUUGUCUGCACAAUUACAUUAUGAUUAUCAUUUUUGUAAAAUUCAAACAUUCAAUAAAGAACAACGUCAUAUUGAUAAAUUAUUAGCAAAUUCUCUAAUCUUCUGCUAUGAACAUGGAGAUUUGGAACCUAUAUCUCAGCCAACUCAAAUUUUACCUAUCGCUAUUUUAUGGUAUGAUCUUAAAGAAAAAUUCUCAUCUGAACUAUUGUCAAUAGCUCAAGAAUCUCAACAACAAUGUAAUGGAAAAACAAUGAAAUUAGAUAAUUCAUAUAAAAUUAAACCUAUACCUAAACCAAUUCUUUCAACAAAUAAUGGUACUUGGGAUCCUCCUAUUCAAGAUACCACGAAUAAUCCAACUACACCAACAAAUAAUCUAACUAUACAAACUACACCAACAAAAUAUCCUAGUCAAUUUAUGAUACCAUAUCCAACACUUUAUACAUCAUUUAGCAAUAUACAACCACAAUCAAUAAGUAAUCGAGAUCCUCGUUUAACACCAAAAAAUCCUCCAUCGGAAACAAUUCCUUUAUCACCACAAGAUAAAUUAUUAUUAUCAUCAUCAUCGAAACAAUUAAUAAAUGAAAAACAAAUAUCUUUAGUAGAUAUUCCAUUAAAUUCAACUAGUCAAUUAAUUGAUCCACGUUUACAAACAAUAAAACAAACACAUGAUAUUUUUUAUCUUGAAACCAAAGCUGUUAAACAUGCAUUACAUCAACAAAAACGUUUGAAUAAUUAUUGUAAUUCAAAAAAUGGUAUUCUAUCAAGAAAAACAACGUAUAUACUUAUACCAUUUUUUAUUCAAUCAAUAUCAUUAGAUGAAUAUGAACGUAUGAAUAAAAUAUCGACAUAUACUCCGAAAAAAGAAUAUUCAUCAUUACAUAUUUCAGUUACUGAUUGUUUUCAUUUUGGUUUUAAUAAAGCAGACAAUGAAGUAUAUAUUGAUUUAGAAGAAAAUCAAAAUCAAUUAGCUUAUGAACAAAUAAAAAUUUCGAAUCAAUUAAUUGAACAUGAAAAACAUUUAAAUUAUCAAGAAAGACGUUUGCAUCUACGUGAAAAACGACAAAAAAAAUUACAAAAUCAUGUUAAUGAACCGAAUAAACAUGAAUUACCUAAUUCAAAAAUUUAUAUUGAUAAUGGUCGAAAAUUAUUAAAACAACAUCAAACUACGACAUCAUCAUAUACUCAUGUAUCAUUAGAAUUAUUAGAUUUUUUUUCUUAUGAAUAUCAACAUGAAACUCGACCACAUGUAAAACGUAUUUUAGCUGAACUUCUUGGAAUUUUUGUUGAAAAAUAUGGCCUGCAAUCUAAAGAAACCAUACCAGAUGAUAUUAUAAAUAAUGAUAUAGAAGUUUCUUUUAUCAACGAUGAAACAAUCAAUUCUGUUAUUGAUAUGGAUCUCGAAUCUCCAUCUUCUCAAACAUUAGGUGAUUAUGAUGAACGCUUUUCCGCACCAACACCACCAAUUACCGAAUCAACGUAUCAUCUACCAUUUAGUGAAACAUCAUCUAAUCAAACGUCUGAUAACUCAGCAAAUAAUAAUAAUCCUCAGUCUCCACAAAUUGAAUUAGCUUCAUCUGAGUUUAAUAUGAUUAUUGAUGAUAAUAUUUCUAAGGAAAAUACCGAACAAAAUAAUGAUUCAAAACGAAUUACUAUAGCAGAUAUAUCAAUUCCAAUAGAAACAGAUAUGAAUCAUUCAUGUGAGGAAUUGACUCCAAUAUUAACAAAAGAAACUGAUACAUUAAAAUUAAUUAAUCCAUCAACACUUUUCACUCAACGUAGACGAUCUUACGAUGAUGAUGAAUUAAAAAAACUUUCAACAACAAAAUCAGCGACACUUGAUUCCAGUAGUCAUGAAGAUAAUUUAAUAGCUGAUACAACAAAUAUUGAUCAACAACAACCAACAGUUAAACGUAUUAGAGUUGAUUCUGUACCACUAUCAAAUAAUGGUACAAAUCCUCUUGAUGUAGUUACUAAUAACCAUGGUUAUCAUCAAGAUUGUGAUGAAAGAAGACGUCAAGAAGAAUUAAGUAACACAUCAGGACGUUCUCGUUCACAAUCAACAAGUUCAUAUAAUUCAUCAUCGAAAGAAUCUAUAACAAGAUCACCAUCAUUAUCUUAUAAUCGUUAUCAACAACAACAACAACGAAAUGAUUAUGAACAUAAUCGAUCAUAUGAUAGAUCAAAUCGUUAUUCACAAAGAAAUAUGAAUAAAACUUCACGUCAUCAAAGAUUUAAUUAUAAUCAUCAAUCAGUCGCUGAACAUCCACGUUUUAUUAAUACCGAUGCAAUACCUCCACUAAUAGCAGGUUACAAGUCGAAUUUAUUUAAUACAUCUAAUAUUUUAUCAUCAAAUACAAAUAUAAAUCGAAAUCAUAAUGCUUCAUAUUAUAAUGAAACAUCGUCGAAUCCUCAAUAUUAUCAAGAUAAUUAUGAUAAUAAUCUUAUACAACCUCCACCACUUAUGUCAACGAACCCAAUAAUGAAUUUUAAUAAUUCAUUUGAUCCAAAACCAUCGACCACAAUCGAACGUUUACAAAUGUUACUCCAAGAUAGAACAAAGACAUCACAUGAGUCUAGACAAUCGACAAGAACAGAUUAUUCUUCAUCAUCUUCUUAUAUGAUGAAUUCACAACAAGAUAAUAAUAAUUCGCAAUGGUCUUCAUCGCAAUAUUCUUCAAGUGCAACAACAAAUACAAAUCCACAAACUUUUUCUUAUAAUGAUGCUGAACAACUAUUAUCAAUUGUGCAAAAUUUGCGCAAUUAA